AUGGCUGCAAUUGGGAUUACAAGCAUGGUUAUCUCUCCCUUGCUCCAAGUAUGUUUUGAUAAAUUGGCUUCUAGCGACUUCUUUGGGGAUCGAGAACUCAAUGAAGGACUCUUAAAGGAUUUGAAGAGAAAAUUGGAUUCCGUGAUUCCAGCGGUUGAAGAUGCGGAGGGCAAGCAAUUUAUCAACCCUGCCGUGAAAAAGUGGCUUGAUAGUGUUAAAGGUGUUGUCUAUGAUGCAGAGGACCUUUUGGACAAGAUUGCUACCCAAGACUUGCGACAGAAGCUGGAGGCUGAAUUUGGAGGGCCUUCAGAGGAGUCAGAGGCCAUCUGGAACGUGGUUGCUACUUUUGCAAGUCAGGUAUGGACUACCGUCUCCACUUCUAUUUCUGUUAAGGAGGUCGAACGUAAUGUAGGAAAGCUACUUGAAAGACUGGAAUCUCUACUAAAAGAAAAGGAGAACUUAGGUCUAAGAGUAGAUGUUGGAGGGCAACCGUUAGAAAGACUGCCCACGACUUCCUUGGUUGAUGAAUCUAGUAUUUUUGGUAUGGAUGAUCAUAAGGAUGCAAUAGUUAACUCGGUGCUCCGGCCAGAUGAUGCGAGUGGCGAUGGGAUGCGUGUUAUUGCCAUAGUCGGCAUGGGAGGAAUUGGCAAAACCACCCUUGCUCAGCUUGUUUAUAAUGACUACAGGCUGAAUGAGCAUUUUCAACAUAAAGCGUGGGUUUGUGUUUCGGAUGAGUUUAACGUGUUAAGGUUAACGAAAACAAUUCUAGAGGAAGUAGAUUUGCCUGCUGAUAGUGAUAAUCUAAAUCAGCUUCAAAUUAAACUCAAGAAGAAGUUGACAAAACAGAAAUUCUUACUUGUUUUAGACGAUGUUUGGAAUAUUGAGCAUGCUCAAUGGGAGCUCCUAAGCAUACCCUUUAAAUCUAGUGGGGCACAAGAAAUUAGGGUCCUCAUAACAACACGAGAUGAGGAGGUUGCAUCAAUCAUGUUUGCUAGUGAAACUCGUCGCAUAAAUGAGUUACCAAAAAAAGAUUGUUGGUUGCUUUUUGAAAAAUAUGCAUUCCAAAAUCUUGACCCUGAUGCACGUCAAGAGUGCGAAAAACUAGGAAGACAAAUCUUAAAAAAGUGCAAAGGUCUACCUUUAGCAAUCAAGGCGAUUGGGUCUCUCUUGGGGUCUAAAUCAAAUGUUAAGGCAUGGGGUGAUGUAUUGAAAAGUGAAUUAUGGCAUUUACCAAUUGAGAAGACCGGCAUCCUUCCUGCUCUAAGUUUAAGUUAUAAACAUCUUCCACCACCUUUAAGGCGAUGCUUUGCAUACUGCUCCAUAUUUCCGAAGGAUCAUGCUUUCUAUAAAGAUCAAUUAGUCUUAUUAUGGAUGGCGGAAGGUUUAUUGCCACAACUCCAAAACAGAACAAUGGAAGAAGUUGGAGAUGAUUACUUCUUCGCUCUUGUAUCUAGAUCAUUAUUCCAACAAUCCAACAAUGAUCACGGUGAUUAUAUAAUGCAUGAUCUUGUCAGCGAUCUGGCAAAGUUUAUAUCUGAACCAUUCAUUUAA